AUGAUUCACUUCCUUAAAAGGAUACCUGCUGGAAGCGAUCCUUUGAAAAAGGACUUGGAAAACCUUUGCGAAUUCGUCAGAAAUUUUAUUAGAAUUCAAGUUGAAGAAGAGUCUUGGUGGGCUACAUCAAAAACAAAUUUAGAUACAAAAAUCUUCUUUUCGAAUUCAUAUCCUUCGUGUAAGCCAUAUGUGACAUCUCUCCAAGAUUAGCAAACCCAUGGAAAUGCAUUAAACUCUUCAAGUCCUUGGGCAGACAAAUUUAAAUAUCUUAAUGUUCACAAUGCGGGAUCACUAACUUUUGUGUAUUCCAGUAUCUUAGAUAAGAUGGCAAGCGAUGCACGUGAAUUGAGUCAAAGUGUGAACGAUCAAAACGAAUAUCAUAACUUAAUGACACAAAUUGACACGAAUGUGGAUGCCAUUAAAAAUGCUUUAUCUGGAUUUUCGAUUUUCCUGCUACAGUAUCUGACACGAUUUCCGUUUAAAAAGUGUACCGUGACUUAA